AUGGCAUUUCCACAUAAAUCAUUUGCAAAGCAUUUAUAUUUUUCUUUGUGUUCUUUGCCUUUACAAACCUAUCUUUAUUUUCUUUCUUUCUUCAAGUUUUUUUUAUAUCUUUUUCUUUUUCAAUUCUUACUUGUUAUCUUUCUUUCUCUUUGCUUUUUUGAAUCUUUGCAUUUCAGUUUUUUCUUUCUUUCUUCCUUCAAUUUUUUCUUCAAUUUUUUCUUCAGUUUUCCUCCUUUUUCAAAACACCUUCUUUCUUUUUUUCAUCACACUUUUUUCAUUCUUUCUUUAAAAUUUUAUUCACUGUCUUUCUUUUUACAUUUCUCUAUUCUCUCUUUCUUUUUCCAGUUUUUUUUUCACUUUCUUUUUCUCCUUUCUUUUUCAAUUAUUUCUUCUUUUUUCUUUCUUUGUCCUUCACACAUUUUACUUUUCUGCAACUCCUUUUUUCUCAGUUUCUUCAUUCUUUCUUCAAAUUUUAUUCACCCUUUUUUCCUUUACAAUUUCUCUCUUCUUAUUCUCACUUUCUUUCUUUCUUCAAAUUUUAUUCACCCUUUUUUCCUUUACCAUUUCUCUCUUCUUAUUCUCACUUUCUUUCUUUCUUUAAUUUUUUCUUCACCUUCAUUUAUUUUUCAAUUUCUUUCUUUCUUUUCCAAUUUUUCUUUUUUUUUACUUCUCAUUCACAGAAUUUAUUUUUCUGAAACUCCUUCCUUUCUCAAUUUUAUUCAUUCUUCUUUCCAAUUUUAUUCCUACUUUUUCCUUUUCAUCUCUCUCUUCUAUUUUUCAUUCUCCAAUUUUUUUUUCACUUUCAUUUCUUUUUCAAUCUCAUUCUUACUUUUUCAAUUCUCUCUUCUUUUUUCGCUUUUUUCCUUGUCCUUCACACAAUUUGCUUUUCUGAAACUCCUUCCUUUCUCGUUCUUCAAAUUUUAUUCUCCAUUUUGCCUUUUUUGGGGGCUUUUCUUUUUUCUGUUUUCUUUCUUUCUUUCUUUUUUUUUUGUCAUUCCCACAUUGAGCAUAUAUCUAUCUAUCUAUCUAUCUAUCUAUCUAUCUAUCUAUCUAUCUAUAUGUGUGGAGAGGAAAAAACGUUUCGUACUUUGGAAUGAAGUGGGUGGGGCUGCUUUCUGUAUUUUCUUCCUCCCUGCUUUCUAUACACAGUCGUUUAUUUGCUUUUAA